AUGGCCCAACGAUUUCCUGGGCCUGGUCCUACCCAGGGACCUGGCGGGCCGCCUCCACAGAGGUACCAGCAACCCCAAAAUCAAGGAAUGCGCCCAUACAACCAAAACUCACCAAACUUUCCGCAAAGGGCACCCUAUAACCCACCUCCUCCAAAUAUGCCAUCAAGUGGGGGAACUAUGAUCCAAAGACCUGCUGGGCCCCCUUAUUCCCCUAUGAGAGGUGGUCCACUACCACCACAACCAGUUGGUAAAAGACCUGCUGAUAACAGGGGUAGUAUCCAGCAGAAGCCUGAUUAUAGUCAUACAUCAAGUAGUGGAAGUAGCAAGAAGAAAAAGAAGCUUGCAGAUAAAAUUCUGCCUCAGAAAGUAAGGGAUUUGGUACCAGAGAGUCAAGCCUACAUGGAUUUGUUGGCUUUUGAGAGGAAACUAGAUUCUACCAUAAUGAGGAAGAGACUAGACAUCCAGGAGGCCUUGAAAAGACCUAUGAAGCAGAAAAGGAAGUUGAGGAUUUUCAUUUCCAAUACAUUUUAUCCUGCUAAGGAGCCCCAGCCUGAUGGACCAGAGGGUCCAUGCCAAGAAGGUUCGGUGGCAUCAUGGGAAUUGAGAGUGGAAGGCCGCCUACUGGACGAUUCCAAAAACGACCCCAACAAGGUGAAACGCAAAUUCUCCUCGUUCUUCAAAUCCUUGGUGAUCGAGCUGGACAAGGACCUUUACGGUCCCGAUAACCACUUGGUGGAGUGGCACAGAACCCAUACCACCCAGGAAACGGACGGCUUCCAGGUGAAGCGACCCGGUGAUAAGAACGUGCGAUGCACCAUCUUGCUGUUGCUGGACUAUCAGCCGCUGCAGUUCAAGUUGGACCCGAGGCUGGCGAGACUUUUGGGGGUACAUACGCAAACGAGGCCGGUCAUCAUAUCUGCUUUGUGGCAGUACAUAAAGACGCACAAGUUGCAAGAUGCCCAUGAACGUGAAUAUAUAGUAUGUGACAAAUAUCUGGAGCAGAUUUUCAACUGUACUCGCAUGAAGUUCGCCGAGAUUCCGCAACGUUUGAACCCUCUCUUGCAUCCCCCGGAUCCGAUCGUCAUCAAUCACGUGAUUUCUGUGGAAGGUGGUGCUGAAAGCAAGCAGACAGCUUGCUAUGAUAUUGAUGUUGAGGUUGAUGACACUUUGAAAACUCAGAUGAACAAUUUCCUGCUGAGUACAGCCAGUCAGCAGGAAAUUCAAGGUCUGGACUCGAAAAUUCACGAAACCGUUGACACCAUCAACCAGCUCAAGACAAACAGGGAAUUUUUCCUCAGCUUUGCCAAGGAUCCACAACAGUUCAUCCAUAAAUGGAUCGUUUCUCAAACCAGAGAUCUCAAGGCUAUGACUGACGUGGUCGGGAAUCCAGAAGAAGAGAGAAGAUCGGACUUCUUCUAUCAGCCGUGGGCCCAAGAAGCAGUGUGCAGAUAUUUCUACACCAAAGUACAGCAGAAACGGGCUGAACUUGAACAGGCCCUCGGUAUUCGUAACAAUUGA